AUGCGACCAUUCUUAGACGAUGCGAAACGGCGAGUGGACCAAAGACUUAGCGCAAGCAGACAAUCGUUAUCGACUAGCCGCAUGUUCUCAAGCGCCUUUCCAGAACGUCUAAAGGACGAUCAAGAUGAUGCUCAAAUAGACUACACUGCUCCGCCCGGCGGUAACAGAUCGCGGGAUGGUCUACAGUACAUGGGGCAGUCCAUGUUGUCUCUGAUUGCCGCCGUUGGAACUCGCUCUGAUUUCCGCGCCCGCUUUGAUGAUUCUAGUGACAGCGAGGGCGAAGGAGAGACGGAUACCCGCCAAGUUGCGCAUUCACAAGAAGCUGACUCGCCACGACUAGAUGGAACUCUACAAGUACCGCCGUCUCCUGGAGAUAGGAGUAGUUCGCAGGAUAGAGGCCGUCGCCACCGAAGGUCAAUAUCGGAUCAUAAGCUCUUCCAACCAUUGAAGACGGGGUUGAAAAGGGACAAAGGACGGGAAACAACUGCGCCGCCGCCUCAGCCAUCGACAAACGAAAGGUUGUCUCCGUUCCCUGCGCUCCCAUCUCUUCCGCGACCACGCUCCGCGACACCUCGAGCUGCCCCUGUCCUUAGUCGUAUGCUUGAGGCACGGGCACGCUUGGAGAGUGAGGAAAUGGAAAGCUCGGAGACGUUGGAGACUUCACAAGAGGGCAAGAACGACAGUAUAGCUCCGCAGUCAAAAGCGUCUCCGCUCUCGCUCCGUUUGAUGGAGAUGUUCGGCUUCUCUACACCAGAAAAGAUUAUCGUUGAGUACGCAUGCUCCUUACUGCAAUGUAUGCUUUUGCAAGGAUACAUGUAUGUGACCGAAAAGCACAUAUGCUUUUACGCCUAUCUGCCCAGGAAAUCCACCGUCGUCAGUAAAACUGGCUGGAUUCACAAACGCGGGAAGAAGAACCCAAAGUACAACCGCUAUUGGUUUGAACUGAAAGGAGACGUCCUCUCGUACUUCGCCGAACCACACAACCGUUACUUCCCAACCGGUCGGAUCGAUCUUAGGUACGGGAUUUCUGCGUCCUUGACCGAGUCAAAAGAGAAGGGGAGAGAGUCGAGAGAUUUCCAGAUCACAACCGACUAUCGAACGUAUUAUUUCAAAGCGGAUAGCUCGAGAUCUGCGAAAGAAUGGGUGAAAGCUCUGCAGAAAGUUAUUUUCCGGACUCACAACGAGCACGACAGUGUCAAGGUGUCCUUUCCUGUCGAGAAUAUCAUUGAUAUCGAGGAGAGUCCAAUGGUGGACUUCGCUGAGACGUUUAAGAUCCGUGCCGUUGAUGCUGAAGAUGGUGUUGCAAUUGACGAGUAUUACUUCACGUUCUUCAAGUCGGGCCGAGAUGCAUUCGAUAUCUUGAAAGGGCUUAUCGGUGAGACUCCGACAAGAGGCUCUCCCUCAGGCUUAUCUCCACAACCGAACUGUGCAACCGACUCGAGGAGGGCCCGCGGAUCUCAGAGCAGGUGGUCGAUCACGAGUGCUAACAAACUACAAGAGCCCUUGUCAACAAGUUCAAGGCGGCGAAGAAGUGCCAGUGCAAGUCUUCUAGGAUCUGAACCUCAUGGCGCAGCAACUUCUCCUCGGAUCAGACAGCAGGAUUCUGCAGGUUCCUUUAUCCAGUCCAUAGAUCAGACCACAGAGUCCUCGGCUGUAUUGCAAUCAGUGACCGACACAACGGAAUCUGCGAGCGACAUACUCAAUCGGAGCGAUGUCUUUCAAUCUCCCACGAUACACAAUCUGCAGAAGCAAAGUGCAGGCCCGAUCAGAUCUAGGCGCCGGAACACCGACGAAACGGCUAGGUCAAUAGCAGAGCAUGGUCUUGAUGGCCUAGUCCGCGGUGGACCCGAAACUCAGGAUGCCAUUAGCGAUUCUGGACAAGAAUCCAAAGAUGUUUCACGACUUACCUCUGCGCUUGCCUUGAACGAUCUCGUCAGAGCUGGCUCGUUUCCUCUUCGGGGUGCCGUCAAUAUCGCCGAGUAUGUGAAGAGCAGGUCUAAAGAAAUGAGUACUCUUCUGGCGACUGAGUCGAUGGGGUAUAUCGAAAAGGUCUCAGGGAUGUGGGCAGGUGGUGGUAAACAUUACGACGAGGUUGACGGUCGCCCAAACGAACGCGGUCUUGAUCUCCAGACCAAGGAGAAGGAUGCCGAACGCUUCCGUGCUCAUUUUGCAUUGCCACCAACAGAGAAACUUCAAGCGGCCUAUUACGUUCAUCUGCACCGCAUGUUCCCGCUCUUCGGCAAGAUCUAUUUGAGUCAAAAUCGACUCUGCUUCCGCACGCUUUUGCCAGGCACCCGGACCAAAAUGAUACUUCCGUUGAAAGAUCUUGAGAACGUGGAGAAAGAAAAAGGCUUCCGAUUUGGGUACCAUGGACUUGUUCUGAUCAUUAGAGGACACGAGGAACUAUUUUUUGAGUUCAGCGACCCGGGCAGCCGUGACGACUGCGCUGUUACUAUCCAUCAAAGACUUGAGACCGUGAAAUUCCUAGCUGAGUCGGCUCUGUUGACACAGCAAGAAAAUGAUGAUUCUGAAGCAGCGAAGCAAGAGCACCGUAUGCUACAGGAAGCCCGCCUAGAUGCUUCCUCUGAGCAAGAAUUACGCUCCGCACUAGACGAGUCGUCCGAGAUUCAAACCAUCUUUGACGACCCGCGUGCCUCGAUUGUCAACUUCAAACCCACCGAGUCUCUAAGGAUCACAUGCCUAACAAUCGGUUCACGUGGCGAUGUACAGCCAUAUAUCGCCUUGUGCAAGGGCUUCUUGGCGGAAGGACACAAGCCCAAGAUCGCCACACACGCCGAAUUCGAACCUUGGAUUCGGAAGCAUGGUAUUGAUUUUGCGCCGGUGGAUGGUGACCCAGCUGAACUCAUGAGGCUCUGCGUGGAAAACGGAAUGUUUACUUAUUCGUUUCUCAAAGAAGCUACCGCCAAGUUCCGGGGUUGGAUUGAUGAUCUGCUGUCCUCUGCUUGGAAAGCUUGCCAGGGUAGCGACAUACUCAUCGAGUCUCCGAGUGCGAUGGCUGGAAUACAUGUUGCCGAAGCUCUGAGAAUCCCAUACUUUCGCGGCUUCACAAUGCCUUGGUCUCGAACACGCGCGUACCCUCAUGCAUUCGCAGUGCCGGAACAUAGAAUGGGCGGCGCGUAUAAUUAUAUCUCCUACAUGAUGUUUGACACCGUUUUCUGGCAGGCCAUCUCCAAACAAGUGAACCGCUGGAGAGCGAAAGACUUAGGACUCAAGUCUACUAAUAUGGACAAGAUGGCUCCCAACAAGGUUCCGUUCCUCUACAACUACUCGCCUUCAGUCGUGCCACCGCCUCUUGACUACCCAGACUGGAUUGAUAUAACCGGGUACUGGUUCCUCAACGAAGGGUCCAAUUGGACUCCUCCCAAAGAACUUGCGGAUUUCAUGAAACGUGCACGAGAGGACGGAAAGAAGAUUGUCUAUAUAGGCUUCGGGUCUAUCGUGGUGUCAGAUCCGGCUGCGUUGACGAGAACUGUCAUCGAGUCGGUUUUGAAGGCGGAUGUACGCUGCAUUCUCUCCAAAGGAUGGUCGGCUCGACUUGGAGAUCCAUCGAGUGCGAAAGCAGAGAUCCCCCUGCCACCUGAAAUUCAUCAGAUCCAAUCUGCGCCCCACGACUGGCUUUUCUCACAUAUUGAUGCUGCUGCCCAUCACGGUGGCGCGGGGACUACCGGAGCAAGCCUCCGGGCCGGUGUGCCCACAAUAGUCAAACCGUUCUUUGGCGACCAGUUUUUCUUCGGGAACAGGGUUGAAGACCUCGGCGUCGGCAUCUGCAUGAGGAAGCUGAAUGUCAGCGUGUUUUCCCGUGCCCUGUGGGAGGUCACACAUAGCGAGCGCAUGAUUGUGAAGGCUAGGAACCUUGGAGAGCGGAUACGCAAUGAGGAUGGUGUAGGCGUGGCUAUACAAACCAUCUACCGGAAUUUGGAAUACGCCCGAACCCUGACUCAACAGCGCUUGAUUGCUUCCUCUACACCACUUUCUCCUACACAAGCGGCAAAGCCUGACACUGAAGACGAUUUUGCCGAUAUUGAAGAUUGGACGCUCGUUGACGACGAAGCCGAAUUCGAUGCUGCGAAGCGAGCCCGCGAUAGAACGGUGUCCGAUGCUAAUAACUCGCCUGAGCCCUUCUUUUUGGGUAGCACACAUUUCGUCGACUCUCCCAAGUAA